AUGGAUGAGCUUGCUCUUCUUGAGAGUCCUUUUGCACAUGAAGAGAAGAUUGAUGCUAUCAUUGCCGGACUCCCUAAGGAGUAUAAGCUUGUCAUUGAUCAGAUUGAAUGCAAGGAUACACCGCCGACUAUUCCGUACAUUCAUGAAUGCCUCGGUAAUCAUGAAGAAAAGCUACCCUCCAUGAACACCGCCACAAUGUUAUCUCCAUUUACGGCUUCUGAAAACGCUGUUCAGUAUAACAACAAAUCCUCUGUCAACAACCAGUCCUCUCGCUCCAACAAUAAAAAUAUUUGCAACAACAACAACUAUAUGGAUUCAAAAACAACCAGUGGCAACAUUCAAAUCGGUCUAACAACCAUCCCUCCAAACCUUACUUGGGAAAGUGCAACAAGCUGGGUCACAGUGCCUAACGAUGUCCGCAAUUUUAGUCGGUCCAAACCACCACAAGUCACGCUCCUCUUAGUCCCUAACCCAUGGAUCCUUGAUUCUGGUGCUACUCACCAUCUCACAUCCGACCUCAACAACAUUGCUCUUCACCAGCCCUACAAUGGUGGUGACGAUGUCAUGAUCGCUGAUGGGGAAGGAUCUCAGUACGGGGGUUCUGUUGCUCCAACGGAGAACUAA